CAGGAUGAGUUGGGGGUGUGGUUUGGAUGGUGUCAUGGCUUCCCCCGUCCACGAAGCUACAUCUCUAUUGAGCCGAGCGUGAAUUAAAUGUCCUUUAAUUUCGUAAAAUAAACACCAACAUUUGAAGGACUACACAUUCAAUACCUUAAUCAUGGGCACCGUCCACGCGAGGAGUCUUGACCCUCUGCCAAUGCAGGGACCUGAGUUGGGGGUUCAUGCGGAUGACAUCGAGACACCAGAAAUGGAGCAGGAAUCAAAACAAGAGGUUCUUGAAAACAAAGAUGUCAUAGUCCAGCAUGUUCACAUAGAUGGUCUGGGAAGAACCAAGGAGGAUUGCUUAACAUACGAGAUUGCUGGUGUCUUCAGAGCAAAGAACUUGAUUGACGUCAUGAAGAGAGCCCACGAAGCCAGACAGAAGCUCCUCCGUCUUGGUAUCUUCAGACAGGUGGAGGUUGUCAUUGAUACCUCACAAGGGGUGGAUGCGCUGCCUAACGGACUAGAUGUGACGUUUGAAGUGACUGAGCUGAGACGUAUGACUGGUAGCUAUAACACCAUGGUUGGAAAUAACGAAGGCAGCAUGGUUCUUGGUCUGAAGCUGCCCAAUGUUUUCGGUCGUGCGGAAAAGCUUACAUUCCAGUUCUCCUACGGCACCAAAGAGACUUCCUAUGGGCUGUCUUUCUUCAAGCCUCAACCUGGUCACUUUGAGCGCAAUUUCGCUGUUAACUUUUACAAAGUCACAGGCCAGUUUCCAUGGAGCUCGCUGAGAGAGACUGAUCGUGGCGUCUCCACAGAAUUCAGUUUCCCUCUUUGGAAGACGAACCACACCCUGAAGUGGGAGGGUGUGUGGCGAGAGCUGGGAUGUCUGGCACGUACCGCCUCGUUCGCAGUCCGGGAGGAGAGCGGCCACUCCCUCAAGUCAUCACUCUCGCAUGCCAUGGUCAUCGACACCAGAAACUCCACAAUCCUUCCCAGGAGGGGAGCCUUGCUGAAAAUUAACCAGGAGUUGGCUGGCUACACUGGAGGAGAUGCCAGUUUUCUGAAAGAGGACUUUGAACUCCAAUUUAACAAACGUCUUCUCUGGGACUCGGUCCUGUCUGCAUCUCUCUGGGGCGGAUGCCUCCUGCCCAUUGGAGAUAAGCCAACUUGCAUUGCUGACAGGUUCUAUCUCGGUGGUCCUACUAGCGUCAGAGGAUUCAGUAUGUACAGCAUCGGCCCACAGAGUGAAGGUGACUACCUGGGAGGUGAGGUGUAUUGGGCUGGAGCCGUCCACCUGUAUACUCCACUGCCCUUCCGUCCAGGCAAAGGGGGAUUCGGAGACCUCUUCAGGACCCACUUCUUCCUCAAUGCUGGGAACCUGUGUAACCUCAACUAUGGUGACGGGCCUCGAGCACACCUGAGUAAGCUGGCAGAGUGUAUCCGCUGGUCCUAUGGAGCGGGAAUCGUGCUACGACUCGGAAACAUCGCCCGGCUGGAGCUCAACUACUGCAUUCCCAUGGGCGUCCAGAGUGGAGACAGGAUAUGCGACGGGGUCCAGUUUGGAGCUGGAAUCCGAUUUCUGUGAUGUUGUCUUGCUGCAUUGAAUUGUGGAACACAGGAGUUUGUUUCGUUGGUUUUAGGAAGUGGGAGGUGAUCUAUAGGGGUCACUUUCAACACAGCGAAGGUUGCUGGGAAUUAAAUGUCUACUACAACCAA